UUCCAAACGACUAGUUCACGAUCGCGAUCUGCUGCCUGACUUUUAUCGCUUCAGAAGAAACGAAAACAUUUCCAGCCAUGACCAUCGGAUAUCUUCUGCUUGUGGGCAUUUGUCUUGGCAUUGCCAGACACGUCUAUGCCGUGGAUUUGACCCUGAAACCUGGUGAAACCAGUAAUGUCGUCAUCGAUGCAACCAUAAGAAAAAUCAGAACAAAAUGUAUUCUGGCAGAAGAUUAUUAUUUCCUGAGACGGUUGGCAGAGGCCCAGAUGGAGUCUAUCCAAGCAAGAACGGGUGGAAUAUGGAGGGUAACCAAAGCCCAACUGACAACUGUCAAAGAUGCUUGCAAAGGUACACUGGGACCAAGCUGUAGUAAAGUCCAAACAGAGUUGAACGUUGCUGUAUCAACCGUAACAUUGUCCGACCUACGAAAACCCCUAUAUUCUGGACUGGUAAUGAGCUUGUUUAUCUUAAACUUACAAGCGCCAAUCUCAGUCGAUAAACAAGGGCAAGCAGAUUACUGGGUCCAGCAUAUCAACCCAGAUGGCGCGAGGGAAGUCUUCGUAGAUUCUGCAAAGAAAUUAGAACAGAGGAAUGAUUGCGCCAGUGCCCAGAUCGACCUUGUUUUCCUGAUUGAUUCAUCCGGAAGUGUUCAAGAGCCUAACUUUAAUAAGACAAAAAACUUCUUGGAAAAUAUUGUGCGUAAUCUAGACAUUGGUCCAAAUAAGACACGUGUUGCAGUGAUUAGAUUUUCAAGUUUUUCUCUUGUGUCAUUUUCCUUAAGUGCCCACAGUACGAACUCUGCAGUAAUAAAGGCUAUUGACGCUAUAAGUUAUGAUGAUGGUAGUAGUACUGCUACGGACUUGGCUCUUGACGAAGUACGUACCAGUGUCUUUACAAAUACAAGAAAAUCUGUUGCUGCAAAAGUUUUAGUUUUGGUCACAGAUGGACACUCAAAUAGUGAAAUUAGAACAGUAACGGCAGCUCAGAAACUGAAAGAUGACGGCGUCACUAUAUUUACAAUUGGAGUUGCCAAUCCAAGAGUGUCUGAGUUAACUGCAGCAGCAAGUGAACCCAGUUGUACACAUUUCAUCAACUUGAAAGAUUAUAAUGAGAUUGGUUUUAUUGUGAGGGAAAUUGAAUCUGAUUCCUGUGAAGCUCCGGCCGUUGUUCAGAACGAAACUUCAUUACUCAAUAUGGCCAUUCCAAAAACUAACGAGACAAAACAACAAGUCCUGCAGAUCAACAACAUGGCAAAGUCCACCUUGGGUACAACAGUUCUGGUGGGUGUCCAGUGUGGUGUGGUCACUGUGUACGCUUCAUUUAACAACAGUUAUCCCAAUGAAGCCGACUACGACUACGAGGAUUGGGCAACUGACAAUAAGCCGGGCAAAUUAUUUCUUGUACAAAAAUCAGAACUUGAUCAGCUUUUCCUUACUGUUCUUUCCAAGAAACGAUUUGAUCUCAAUUCCUCAGCCUGUGACAAUCCUUCCUACAACAUCAGCUUCAAAACAACAGUGGCCACGAUAACUCCAGUAAGAAUGAGUGAUGCUGCAGUCACUAAACAGCUUUUUAUAAACGCAUGGAUUUAUGCCGGGCUCUUACUUCUUUGGCAAAUGGCUUGAUCAGAACUAGUGACCAUCUAUAAAUGGUACCAAUACCAAUGGACUCUUAUACACCCACAUAAACACAUCCAUACAUGCAUGUGACUGCGUGUGUACCGUUGGCGAUUUUUUUUGCUCUGUCUUCCCUUCUCUGGAUCCUUCCGUCUCCUAUGUUUCUGACGAAGAGCUCCGCUCAAAACGUAAAACCC